AAGAAGGAAAUUAGUAAAAGAUUGGAAAGUGGGUAGAAUUAUAUAAAUAGUUUAAUCAUUUUCAUUAAAUCACUUAUAAUGGUGAAUAUAAUAUGAAUCAGAUGAAGGUAGGUAGAUGGGAUGUUUUAAAUUUGGAAUUUUAAAACUAAACUAUGUAAUAGAAUCUUCAUAAAUAUUGUAGUGGUUGUAUGAAUUUUGAUGGAGAUGGAAAUGAGAUUUAUCGAACUUCAAAGAAAGAUGCCAUUAUUUAUGUUGGAUCUUUUAAAAAAUUGAUGAAGGUAGGUAGAUGGGAUAUUAUGUAUCGUAAAUAUAGAGAAGCUAAAAGAAUGUAUAUAUUAUAGAAUUUAUGAGAAAAUUUAAAUCUACAAAUAUAUAUGUAGUGGUGGUGGAUUAUAUGAUGAAGAAGGAAAUUAGUAUAAGAUUGGAAAGUGGGUAGAAUUAGAUGAAAAUUUUAAUCAUAAAAAUUAAGUCACUUAUAAUGGUGAAUAUAAUAUGAAUAAUUAAAAGGUAGGUAGAUGGGAUGUUUUAAAUUUGAAAUUUUAAAACGAAAUUAUGUAAUUCAAUUUUAUAAAUAUUUUAGUGGUUGUAUGAAUUUUGAUCAAGAUGGAAAUGAG